AUGGAGCAUACAAAUACAUCUUUGGAUGAUAUUCAAAUUGAUGAACAACACGAAAAAGCACAAGAAGAAUUAAAUGAAAACAAUGUUCAACCUCUCUCAAUCGCUCCAACAAUUGGAAUGGUUUUUGAAACUGUUAAUGAAGUGAAGUUAUUUUAUAGACAAUAUGCAAUAUCAAAGGGUUUUGGAAUUCGUACAAGGAGUUCAAGGAAGAACAACAAGAACGAAUUAUGUUACUUCAUGAUGGUGUGUUCUAGGGCUGGAAAAUAUGUCUCCCCCAUUCAGAAUCAAAUGAUUGGACGUCCAACAUGUGCUAAUGAUUGUUCAGCUCGAAUGAUUGUAUCAAAAAGAGAUGAUAAGUGGUACAUUUCAGGAUUUGAUGAUGUAUAUAGUCAUGAUCUUAGUCCAACAAAGUCCAGAUUGUUCCGAGGCAAUAAAAGAAUGAAUCUCAACGUCAAAAGAACUCUAGACUUGAAUGUCGAAGCAGGAGUUAGGAUUAACAAGAGUUUUCGGUCCUUGGUUUGUGCAACAGGAGGUUAUGAGAACAUGGAGUUUGUCGAACACGAUGUGGUGCUUGUGGCAUAUAAUGAAAAAAAAAUACCUGAGAAGUUACAGAGUUAUUCAGCUUACAAAGAUAUCAAGCGCCAACGUAAGCAAGUUGUGUACAAUUCUGAUUUAGUUGAUAAUUUUGUUUAUGGAUGGGAGAGGAUGAUAACAACCUUUUCACUUCACACGAAUGAAUGGUUUUCUUCACUUUACGAAGAACGUCAUAGGUGGGUUCCUUGUUACUUGAGAAACAGUUUUUGGGCUGGCAUGUCAACAACUCAGAGAAGUGAGAGCAUGAAUGCAUUCUUUGAUGGAUAUAUUAACUCACGCACUACUCUUCAAGAAUUUGUUAAACAAUAUGACAAUGCACUACAACACAAGACAGAGAAAGAGACCCAAGCUGACUUCACGUCAUUAAACACAACUCUUCCAUGCGGUUCACAAUCACUCAUAGAGCGGCAAUUCCAAAAGCAUUACACACAUGCUAAGUUUACAAAAAUACAGUCAGAAUUUAGAGGUAAAAUUAAUUGUUUCGUUGAUGGCAUUGUGGUACAAGAUAAUUCGUCACUGUACAAAGUCAUGGAGGACUCCAUUCAUAAUGAAAUAAGGGAAGAGAGGGCAUUCAUGGUUACAUUUCAGCGAGACACAAUGGAUGUUAAUUGUAGUUGUUUGCUUUUUGAGUUUAGGGGCAUUAUAUGUAGACACUGUGUUUGUGUUUUGGCCCAAGAGCGAGUAACAUAG